AUGGAUUCUCCACGUCUUAGCAUCUUCCAGGGUGUUUGCUAUGGUCUCUGCUCGCUCGCCAAAUGUCCAGGUGAAGGCCGAUCCCAAAUCGACAUCGAAAUUGUGUCCGGCAGAUCGCAGGCCUUGUUGGAGCUGAAGGACUUGGCCAACGCCAAGUUGGAGUCUGGAGAUGCUGAGGAGGCGGCUGAGCAGUACACCAUUGCCUUGUUGAGACUCAAGGAGGUGGCAGCAGAGGUUCAGGCGGAGUCUCAGACGUUGAAAGCGUUGCUCCUGGCGAAUCGAGCGCAGGCGCAUCUCAAGUUGCAACAUUGGGAACUGGCACUGGCAGAUUGCGAGGCCUGCCUGAAGAUCCAGCCAGACAAUGCCAAGGCGUUGCAUCGCCAAAGUUUGGCGCAGCACGGCCUCGCGGAAGACGAGAAACGUCGAAGCCACGGUGAGGUGCUAAAGCAAGCGCUCUUUUGCAAAACUGCUGGCAACAAACUCCUGACGGAUCGGCAGUUUGAGGCCGCCAUGCGAAAGUAUUCUGAAGGCUUGGAGUGGAUUGAGGAUCUGGAUCAAAUAGGGCGCGACACGUGGAUCGCCUUGCGGGCGAACCGCUGCCAAGCGCGAUUGAAAUGCGGCCUUUGGUCUGAAGCGCUGGAAGAUGCAGAAGCGAUUUUGCUGAAGGAGCCCGGCCACCCCAAAGCGCGAUACAGGCGCGCCAAAGCCUUGUUGGAGUUGGGGCGGCGUCAAGAAGCUGCCGAUGCCCUGCAGCAGAUGGAUCCCAGCAACGAGGACGUAGCAGAGCUGCUUCGCCUCGUUGCAGCGCCUGCAGCGCCUGGGCCGACUGCGGUCCCUGCAGCGACGGAGGCGACGGAGGUGACGGAGCUGGUGCGCGGCCGACACUGCCACGGCGUGCAGCGCUCCGUGGCCGAGGAUGCCGAAGCGAAACGUCUCUUGAAGGAGGCUGAAGCUGCAAUCGAAACUCGAAAGGAUUUCAGGCUGGCCCUGAAGUUUGCCGAUGGGGCCUCGGUGGAGUUGGAGAGGCUUCGUGCGCAGGACCGCCGCGAGAAAGCACGACAGUUGGCUCAGCAACUGCUGGCUGUGCAUGUUCUUCAGGUGCGCUGCCACUUGGCCCUGAAGGACUUCUCUGCAGCUCGAGAGUUGGCUCAGCGAGCCUUGAAGCUGCACCACUACGAGGAGGAGCGGCUCGAACGAGAGUUUAACAUGGCUGCAGCUUUAAGGAGUUGUACAGCAGUGGUGGAGACGAUGCAAGCGGUCGUUGAGGCUUCCGAUGCUUUGUCGUCCGACAUAGAGACUGUCCAGGCAAUGCUUCGUCGACUCGAAAAGGUGGACUUCACUGCGCCCCUGCGGGCUGCGUUGUUGGUGCGCAGGGCGACCUUGAGCAGCGACGAGGCAGAUAUACGCCGAGCUUUGGUCUUGGAUCCGUCUUGCAAGAGCGCCCAGGAUCUGCUGAAGAAUCUGAAGGCUGGCGCAAGUGGCGCAAAAAAAGAGUCAGAUCUCGAUGGGACAAAGUCGGACAAAGUGUUCAAAGUGGACCUGGAAGGGACGAAGGACAUGAAGCGAGACACGAGACACGCACAAGCGUGA